UAUUGUAUACAAACAAUGUCGGCAUUGUUCUAACACACUCACUGCUUCAACGUCUGUGUAAUAUAACUCGUUUACAAUAGAGGACUUGUUAAAAUACUAAUCAACAGCGGUAAGGCGCACAUAUGGCAUUCGCAGACGACACAUUCGAAACGGAAACUUUCCGGUCAGAAUCUCUUCCGGACUUCAGUGCCGAGGACGAUAUCCAGGAGAGGGAAACGGACUAUUUUCUUACGCUGGUUAAUGGAGUGAAAAAAAUAGACGUCGGUGGUCGUCGUCGGGAUCCGGCGAAUGCGAGGAAAGCGGAUAAUUUCCGAGACAAGAUCGGAAACUUAAAGGUGCUCAAAAACGUUGCGAUCGUAUCUGAGAAUUUCAAGCAGCGAUACGCUGGUCUAGAACUGUCGUUCGACACGAUCAGAAAAGGCAUCGAGCGGAUAUCAGAUGUCGAAAAGAAAAUUGGAUAUUAUAUGUGGACGUUACAUACGAGGGAAGAUGAAUUGCUGGCAAAAAUUCAGAAGACGAAGGCCGCGUUGCAAGAACAGCAUCUUAAGUGGGUAUUUCACAGCACCUGUUAACAUUUAAAAUACAUGUACAAGUAAUCCGCGCAUAAUCACACGCUUAUUGCACACUUUCCAAAGGG